AUGGCGUCUAAUAACGAGUUGCCAUACACCCAGGAGGAUGGGUUUAAUGGCGAGAAGGACACGAAGCCCAAGGAUUCCGACAACUCGUCCGGCAACAUCGAGAACCUCGAGAAUGGCCCCGCCGCCGAUGCUGAGGCCGUCGACCUGGCCAUCGAACGCGCCAUCUUGCGCAAGCUCGAUUAUCGCAUUGUACCUAUGGUCAUGUGGUGCUAUCUCAUGAACAUGAUGGAUCGAGUGAACAUUGGUAACGCCCGGCUCUUCGACAUGGAAGAGGACCUGGGCAUGCAACAGGAUGGCAUGUUCCAGCUUGCCGUUUCUGUUCUCUUCAUCACCUACUGCCUCUUCGAAGCGCCCUCCAACAUGAUCAUCAAGCGCCUUCAGCCUGCGCGCUAUCUCGCCGGCCUGACCAUCUGUUGGGGCUUAAUCGCCACCUUCAGUGCCUUCGUUAACAACUUUGCCGCUCUUAUCGCUUGCCGUCUGCUCCUCGGCCUUUUUGAGGCCGGCUUCUUCCCCGGUGUCGUCCUGUACCUGUCGAUGUUCUACGGCCGCCGCAGUCUGGCCCUUCGCAUCGCCUACUUCUACUCGACGGCCGCCCUUUCUGGCGUCGCCGGUGGUCUAGUCGCAUACGGCAUCAGCUUCAUGCACGGCUACGCUGGCUGGUCCGCCUGGCGGUGGAUUAUCCUCAUCAACGGUAUCCCCACCGUCGUCACCGGCUGCAUCAUCCCGUUCGUGCUCCCCAACAGCCCGGAGACGGCCAAGUUCCUCACCGACGAAGAUCGGGCCAACCUACAGCGCAUCCACGAGGCCCAGGUCGGCAGGGCUAGGAACCUCAAGCAUCUCGUCAAGGAAGACGUCUGGGACGCGGUCAAGGACUGGACCACCUGGGCCUACUGCUUCGCUCUGUUCCCCCAGCUGGCCAUGCUGUACUCCUUUGUCGUUUUCCUGCCCACCAUCAUCCGCCAGAUGGGCACCUGGAACAACGCCGAGACGCAGGCCAUGACGGUGCCCGUUUAUGCGGUUGGCGCCAUCGUCUACAUUACCUGCGCUCGUCUCUCGGAUGUUACCCAGAGGAGAGGCUACUUCGUCAUGGGUGGUCUCGUCUCGGCUCUCGUCGGCUACGGCAUGCUCAUUUCCAACCAAGGCCCCGCCGUCUCCUACGCCGGUACCUUCUUCGUGUCCAUUGGUAUCUUCACCACCGCCGGCAUCUCCUUCGCCUGGGUACCCACCAACAACCCCCGUUACGGCAAGCGGGCGUUCUCUACCGGCAUGCACCUCAGUAUCGGCAACUCGUCCGGCGUGGCGUCUCCCUUCCUGUUCAGCAACGAACACGCCCCUGCGUUCACGCCUGGCUAUGCGGGCAGCAUGGGCAUGCUGGGUGUCUCCCUCAUCCUCAACGUCAUCCUGCACCUCCACUUCAAGAGGCAAAACAAGCUGCGCGACGAGGGUAAGCAGGAUUACCUGAUGGAGGGCAAGACAGACAUCGAGAUUGAGGCUAUGGGAGAGAAGAGCCCGAGAUUCCGAUUCGCUAUCUAA